AUGGAACACUCGCGCCCAACCCCCCGGCCUGCUCCAUGGGAACACGGCGUCCAGCGUCAUGGAAACCCGAGUUCGAGCUUGGGAGCCACGGCGACAGCGCAGGCGGACAAGGCGAUUGCGAUUGCGAAGAAGAACAAGAAGAAAAAGAAGAGUAAAAAGGAUAGGACGAGUUUGAGUCUGAGUCUGGCAAGGGCGGCGGAGCAGUUUCAGAGUCGGGUGUUGGCAUUGGCAGGGGUGGGGUCGAUGGGGAUGACGAGGACGAGGGGGAAGGGUAAAGGAGAGGGGGAGGAAGGGAGAGGGAAAGAGGAAGGGGAAGGGGAAGAAGACGGGGUUCUAGGGAGGGGUGAGAGUUCGAGGUAA